UGAGUCCCUCCUGGUGGAAUUUGCUCACAAGAAAGAAGUUUUACUACCAAGCAAUGGGGUUGCUAUGCUGCUAAGGUGGCUGGAUUAAGCAAAGUCGAUGAAAAGAAAAUGUUAUCAAAUACCUAAAUGGAUAGAUGUAAAUAUUAGCUGUAAAUACGGCUAAUCAUUGACAACUUGACAAAACCAGAAGUGACAAAUCUAUACAGCCACCCGUUAACAAGACCUUUGUUUCCGCCACAAGGGUACCAAUAUCUUCGUCUGUUGUCAAGGUGACGGUCAAGAGCUAUGGAAGUCGGUGUGAUUCCUUGGCAAUGAAGAAAACAGAAGUCAAAUUGACGUAGGGACUCACAUACUGGUCGUAGAAAUUACUAGUCAAGUGUUUUUAAUUUCAGGCUUUUGUAAGUUUUAGAAAACCCAAACGACUUACGCUUUGUAAAGUGUAAACUUUAAUGCCAACUUUGGCCUAGUCGAAACCGAGGAAAACAACACUUCUUACUUCGUGUUUGAGUUGGUGUGUAAGAUUGAGAAUGCCUAUGAGAGAACCGACCUACGUGAUUUGUUAUUUGUGUGGAAGAAAAUAUGGCACGAAAUCUGUUGCAAUACAUGAACCACAGUGUUUGAAAAAAUGGCACUUGGAGAAUAACAAAUUGCCAAAGAAUUUACGACGGAAACCUCCUGUGAAACCAGCAGCAUAUGAUGCCAUUGGCACUGUCGGUGCAUAUGGGAGGGUAAAUCUUGAUCAAGUCAACGAGGCCGCUUUCCGAUCUGCCCAAGAGCAGCUUAUUCCAUGCUCAAACUGUGGUCGUACCUUUUUGCCAGAAAGAUUACAGGUGCAUCAGAGAUCGUGUACGAGUGCCAACCCUGCACGACGGCCUGCACAGAACCGAUCAAAUCCGAUUGCAGACAGGGAGAAAACAUUUUCUCGUGAAGAUCAGUCUUCUGUAGGUGGGGCGAACAUUGAGGCCCCUCGUUCCUCUAAACCUAACGUUUCACGUCAUGGUCGUAGAGCACAGCAAACAGGAAAAGAUACAACAAAAGUUCCCCAAAGAAGAGGUAAUUUUGAUUUUGAAGAUCCGACACUCUCUAGAGACAUUUAUAAUGAAAAUACUGGUUAUGAUGAUUACCACAUGGGACAAAACAGUAAUACAAAAAGCAUGGGGAGGAGAGCAGCCAGUAGAAGUAAGAAGCCCUUUGGAACAGAUGAUUUUUUGGAAAGUGAAUCACAACAAAGCUCAGAUACUGUGCCAUGUCCAAAUUGUGGAAGAGCAUUUGCAUCAAACAGAAUCCAAAAACAUCAUACAAUAUGUGUGAAGGGCCAACAAAAGAAGAGGAAAGUAUUUGACUCAUCAAAAAAGAGACUGCAGGGUACAGAGGCUGUACAACAUUUCAGAUCAGAGAAAAAACAAGCCCCUAAGCCAAAGACAAAUUGGAGACAACAACAUGAAGAAUUUAUCAAUGCUAUUAGAGCAGCAAAAAAAGUUAAAUUUCAUCUAGACAGUGGUGGCAAAGUUUCAGAUCUCCCUCCUCCGCCUCCCAGCUUAAACCCAGAUUAUGUUCUCUGCCAGUAUUGUUCCCGUCGUUUUAGCCAAACAGUGGCUGAAAGACAUAUUCCAAAGUGUAAAGAUACUGUUAACAGACCAGCCCCUCCUAAGCAAAGAGCUCUAGAUGUUUACAAAGCAACUGGCCCGUCAAAAAGCCAGACAUCGAAAAGGGAACUGAAUCAUUCAAAUAACAAUAUGUAUACUGCAAAAGAACCAGCAAGGGCAUCCGGUAUGUCUGCCACUGAUAGAAAAUCUCGCUACAGUUACCAAAAUAAAGAUUCUAGGCUGUACAAAACACAACCAGUAGCAGGGCAGAGAAAUCCACCUGCUUAUUCUGGUUUGCCCAAUUUCGGCUCAAUGGAUGGUCCUAGCUCAAAUAAAGGUACUGUCUCUCAGUAUGGUAUGAGAAACAGUGGAGCAAAAAGUUACAGAAGCCAUACACCUGGAGGUGUUUCACAGAAGAACACAAGGAACAAUUCAAGAGCAGGCUUUUCGAAGUAUUAUUAAUAACAAUCAUGUUGCAUGUUAUGAUAUUUUUUCUGUCUAGGGAAGAAGUAUAUAUAGUUUUGGAUACAAGCUAUAUGCUUUGUUUUAUUUGUUUAUCGAAGCAUUAUAAUUUGCAUAGAAACUAUUCAAUGGGACAAGAAAAAGAGGCUUCUCAACUGUUCCUAGAUUUCAUGAUUUGCUAAUAAUUCACAGGCAGAAAGCCAUGUAUAUAUCUAUAAGGAGACAAACUCCAAAAUUUUGUGGGUGUGUGAUUUUCCUGUUAGAAUUUGAGCUCAGUUUGUUGAGAAAAUAUCAGAGUUUUAAAAAGGGUUAUAUUUUAAAAAGUCUUCUUGAUACAUUCCUUAUCAAAGAUUGAUUCUAGCUUUGCUUCUGUUUGUCCCCAUUAUGAAUCCAGCAAAGCCUUUUCUAUAGAGAUCCACACCCUUUUUACAGGGAACUAAAUAAGGAGUUUGUCAUCAACAGAUGCUCAAAGACCUAAUUAAUGAAGCCUCGUACUUUAAACUUUCAGCAAACUGGUAACUCCUCAGUUAACAAAGCAACAGGCUCUCAGAUUUUAAUCAGUUUCUGAUAUACUUUGUUAAUGGUACUGUUUGUAUUUGCCCCCAAAUUGGCCAUUAAUGUAUGAUGAGCUGUACAUAGGGCUAUGCACAUGUUCAAGUUUUUGAAAUUAGCAGCACAAAUUGCCUUUGGAAGUCAGCUAAUUGUUAAGGUUUAAUGGCUUAUCCACUGUUUUAUAAGAAAAUGACAAUAAUUUAUUUUACUUCAGCAGUCAUGGUGCAAACUUUUCUAAAAUAAGAUGCCUUGUAAAUUUUUAAAAUCAAAUGACUCAAUGUCUUAUCACAUAUAUUUGCAAAAUUGUUCUAUUCCACGAAAAAACAGCAGUUUUCUUUACUUUGUGUCUCUAUUACGAACACUGA